GUGCGUAAUCGCAAGCGCGAGGCUCUAAAGAACAGUCGCAGUGGCGUAUCAAAGCAACGCAUGCGGCUCAUGGUGGAGCAGUUUGGGGAUGGUGAUGAUCAGACCAAGAGUAUGUCAUACACAAGUGUGUACGAGCUGGUUUUUAUAGCUAGAUAG